ACGCGUGCUCUUGUUGCCGUGGCAGCAGCGACUUCAGGAAGGACGUCGGGCGAUUAAUGAUGGAUGCUCGAGAGUCGGAUCUGCUAGGCGGCAACGAGAACAUGGUUGACAUGCAGAGCUUGGAUGAAGAGGACUUUUCUGUUUCAAAAUCAUCAGAUGCUGAUGCAGAAUUUGACAUAGUAAUUGGGAACAUCGAGGACAUUAUAAUGGAGGAUGAGUUCCAGCAUCUUCAACAGUCUUUUAUGGAGAAAUAUUACCUUGAGUUUGAUGACUCAGAGGAGAACAAGCUCAGCUAUACACCCAUUUUUAACGAAUAUAUUGAAAUCCUAGAGAAGCAUCUGGAACAGCAGUUGGUGGAACGAAUUCCUGGGUUCAACAUGGAUGCCUUCACCCAUUCACUUAAACAGCACAAAGAUGAGGUCUCAGGUGACAUACUUGACAUGCUGCUUACUUUCACUGAUUUUAUGGCCUUUAAAGAGAUGUUCACUGACUACAGAGCUGAAAAGGAGGGCAGAGGAUUGGAUCUUAGCACCGGACUAGUGGUAAAGUCUUUAAAUUCUUCCUCGGCUUCACCUUUGACCCCCAGCAUGGCCUCACAGUCCAUCUGAGCCAGCUAAAUGCGAAGAUUUAAAGUAAAUGAACUUGUUUAAGUGGCACAAAUGAUUACGCUUAUUUACAAAAAGAUGAAUAUUUAUUGAACAAGCCUUUCUGAUGCAUCCCAAAACAAACAGUCAUGUUAUGGUAACCUCUCCAAUGGGAAUCUGUGUUUGGUUUAAGGUUAAUGUUUAAACGUCACAGUCAGGUGAACUGUCAGCUUAUCCUGUAUGAUUCUUCUUGCAGUAUUCUUAUGAUGGACUCAAUAUUCAUGCCUUUUUGGCCUACAGAGCAGCAAAAAUAAGAAUAUGGUGAUGUGCAUGUAAAGCUGCUACUUUAUUGCAUAUUAAGAACCC